AUGGCUUCCGUUACCCGCCUCAGUAACUCUGCGCUCCGGGCCUCGCUCAAGCCCCAAGCCUUCAAUGGCCGGACCGCAGCCUAUACCGCUGCUCGCUACUACUCUGCAAAGUCCCAAACACUCAAGGAGCGCUUCGCUGAGCUUCUCCCAGAAAAAAUCGAGCAGAUCAAGAGCCUCCGAAAGGAGCAUGGUUCCAAGGUCGUCGACAAGGUUACUCUCGACCAGGUCUAUGGCGGCGCUCGCGGCAUCAAGGCCCUCGUUUGGGAGGGCUCCGUCCUGGACGCCGAGGAGGGUAUCCGAUUCCGAGGCAAGACCAUUCCUGAGUGCCAGGAGCUUCUUCCCAAGGCGCCGGGUGGCAAAGAGCCCCUUCCAGAAGGUCUCUUCUGGCUUCUCCUGACUGGCGAGGUUCCUACCGAACAGCAGGUCCGCGACCUGUCCGCUGAGUGGGCUGCCCGUUCCGACAUACCCAAGUUCGUCGAGGAGCUCAUCGACCACUGCCCUACCGAUCUUCAUCCCAUGGCUCAGUUUUCCCUGGCCGUCACCGCUCUCGAGCACACCUCUUCCUUCGCCAAGGCUUAUGCCAAGGGCGUCAACAAAAAGGACUACUGGGGCUACACCUUUGAGGACUCCAUGGAUCUCAUUGCCAAGCUGCCCAACAUUGCCGCACGCAUCUACCAGAACGUUUUCAAGGGAGGCAAGGUGGCGCCCAUCCAAAAGGACAAGGACUAUUCCUUCAACUUUGCCAACCAGCUUGGGUUCGGCGACAACAAGGACUUCAUUGAGCUGCUCCGCCUCUACCUGACGAUCCACACCGACCACGAGGGUGGCAACGUCUCUGCCCACACCACGCACCUUGUCGGCUCUGCCCUCAGCUCUCCAUUCCUCUCUCUGGCGGCUGGCCUCAACGGUCUCGCGGGUCCUCUGCACGGCCUGGCCAACCAGGAGGUUCUCAAUUGGCUGACCGAGAUGAAGAAGGUUGUCGGCGACGAUCUCUCCGACAAGAACAUCAAGGAUUACCUGUGGUCCACUCUCAAUGCUGGCCGUGUCGUUCCCGGCUACGGCCACGCCGUUCUCCGCAAGACAGACCCGCGGUACAUGGCCCAGCGCGAGUUUGGUCUUGCCAAAAUGCCCGAGGAUCCCAUGUUCAAGCUCGUCAGCCAAGUCUACAAGAUUGCCCCCGGUGUUUUGACCGAACACGGCAAGACCAAGAACCCUUACCCCAACGUCGAUGCCCACUCGGGCGUCCUCCUCCAGCACUACGGCCUUACCCAGGCUAGCUACUACACGGUGCUCUUUGGCGUUUCCCGUGCCAUUGGUGUGCUUCCUCAACUGAUCAUCGACCGCGCCGUCGGUGCCCCUAUUGAGCGCCCCAAGUCUUUCUCCACCGACAAGUGGGCCGAGAUUGUCAAGAAGCUUUGA